UGACACGGUAGGUUUUCGCAGCAAAUCGUUUACUGCUAGGUGUGCCCGUUGCAGAAACACCAAACAACCACGGCAGUUCAACCGGGGAGAACGGCUUCUUCCGUUUGCACCAUAAACACGUUAAAACCCUACCCGCCCCUUCACAUUCAUCGCAGAUCAUCUACGAAACAUAAACGUUUCACCAUCCAAAUAAAUGCAUACGCCCGUGAAUACGCCAUGAAAGGCAAAGAAACGGUAAAGAAGGGUCUUAUGAUACUCUUCGUAAUCGUACAAUCGCUCUUCCUGAUUUUCUCCGUCCUACUCAUCGUCCUGCUCAUCACGCUAUAUUCGAAACUGCGGUCGUAUCUCAUGCUGAGUGUUAAGCCAUUGCUUAUAUCCCUGUCAAUCAGUUUGAUGUACGUGUUCCUGCCGGUCAUAGGAAUGCUCAUAGUCAUGCGCCGCAGGAACACGUACACCUUUCUGUACAUAAUCAUGGUGCUGAUGCUCAUGAACUUUGACAUUUUGCUCGUCUCGAUGGAGUACAGCAUGGUGAAGAACACGCCUGGAUACACCGACAGGGCGUGGGACAAGCUGAGCAAUGAGCAGAGAGAACAUGUGCAGACCAAGCUUGGGUGCUGCGGGUUCAGGGAUAAGAACGAUAGAAGCGUGGGUGAGUGCGAUAAUGUGGGAUGCAGAGACGUGUUCCUUGGGAUCGUAGAGGGCGUGAAGAACAAGAGCGAACGCUUCUUGAUUGGGGUGUUCGCGCUCAAGAGCCUGAGCUUGGCACUCGUGGCCAUGCUGAGCAUGCGUAAGAAGAGGAACAAGCACAAAAGCAAACGGAAGAUGGACAAGAAGAGCGGAGGUGAACCUGGCAGGAGGGUAAGUGUUGAUCAGGCAAAGUGGUUCUGGGAGAAGUAAUAAACCAUAUUAUGUGA